AUGGUCCUUAUCUCCUCCAAAACCCUGAUCCAGGCACAUGCCGUGUUCCUGGUCGUGAUUGCCGGGUACCUGCUCAAGAACCCGGAGUACAUCACCGACUCCGACCUGGUGUUUAUGAUGGGCGAGGCCAUGAAGAUCGACUUCCCUACCACAUCAAGCCCGGUUCAAUCCCCCUUCGUCUUCUGCGCCAUUCCCCUGUUCGGUGAAGCGCUCAUCGACCUGAUUCUGCUUCUCACCCUCCCUUAUCGCGAAGCUCUGGACGAAGCCCUGCCUUAUAUUCGGCCUCUCCGCAAUGGAAAUCUUCCCGCGGAGGACCUCCAGGUUCUUGCAAAACUCCCGGAGUACAUCACCAGCUCGCUGAUCUUGUACUGGAACGUCUGGAUCGGCGUUGCCGCGUGUCGUUUCUUUCUGCACGGCGGCAUCGCGUUCUUCAUCUACCAGAGCAGGGCUGAAAACAUGUUAUCCUCAUACACCGCGACCAUUGCUUCCGCCGGUCUGGACAUCCUGAAGAACCGUGUCGUCUUCACCUUUACCUUUAUUGAGAUGAUGGUGUGGUUCUGGGUCUUCUUUACCUGUCGCGAGGAACGACAGGAGAGAUUGACUAAGCUUUUGGAGGAUGCCCGCGAGCACUAA